GGACUUUCGAUUUGGGUCUUGAAUGCCAAACGCUACGGAUCGGAACGGAUCGUUUGGCGAACGAAUUUUGCUCAGUUUCGAGGAAAAUCGCGAGGCGCCAACUUGGGAAAUGCUUUGUCUCGUGUCCCAAGAAAAUCAUCAAUAUCGACACUGAAACCCCAAAAGCCCGCAAGGAUUAAAGUGUAUUUACCAGUAAAAAUAAAUGAAUAAAAAUAAAAUAAGGAAUAAUUAUAACAACAAAGUGUGACCAAAGUGAUCUGUGUGUCCACUGCGACGAUUUCUUGCGAUUCUAUUUCUAUCACAAUUGCUAUUUCGGUUCGCGUUUGUUUUGUGGGUAAUUAGCACAAAGUGUCGAGCAAUUUUCCGACUCAAUUGAAGUGCUGCCCUUUGCCAAGAUAUUUGCCAAACAAUGUGUUGACUUAACGAAAAGUUAAUACAUCUUUGAAUAAUUGCACCAAAUUGAAAUAUUAAUUGUUCAACAUUUAUUUUGUGUGCCUGAUGGCUGUGCCUGACAAAAAUAUAAUUAAAGAAAAAGGAAAAUAAUAAAUAAAAGUUUCUCUAUCUCUCUAUUGGCACUGCCUGGCUAAAAAUACAAGAAAGUCCACAUCUCUACAAUCUAACAACAAAUUUUAUUUAUUGCCUAAAUAUAUUCGUAUAUUUUCAUGUGUCCCGCAGAGGCCGAGAGUGUGUGUGUCUGUGAAUACUUGUGUGUUGUCGUCCAUAAAGACGCUAGGAAAAAUCAUAUAAUUUCUAAAUUCUUCUUCUAGUAACACUUUCAGCACCAGCAAAAAAUCUACCCAUAAAAAUAUACAUAUCAAGCCGAAGGAAUCGCAAAAAAAUCAACAAAAUUUUAACAGCAUCAACAGGCAGUGUGAGAGCACAUUAAAUUUAAAACAAAAGGCAACGGAAACCAAACAAAGCUCGAAUAAAUAAUCCAGAAACAUGUCCACAUCAACGCGAAGUUCGGUGACGAGAAAAUCGUCGCUUUCCAAAAGCACCAGCUCCGACAAAUCCACAAAAUCCUCAACGGGUUCAUCCAAAACCUCGUCCACCCCCAGCAGUGGAAGCAAACAGAAAAUGCAGUACACAAAAACCAAGGAGCGCAUGGUCGAUGACGUACCCCUGCCGCCCGCCCACAAACUGACCAUGUCGGAGGUGUACGACGAUCCGAAAAGAGAAAAACCAAACUUUGAUAUCCUGCGUCAGCACUUCCUCCUGGAGGGCAGAGUCGAGGAGGCUGUAGCCCUAAGAAUCAUCACCGAAGGUGCCGCCCUCCUGCGCGAAGAGAAGAACAUGAUCGAUGUGGAGGCCCCCAUCACCGUGUGUGGCGAUAUCCAUGGUCAGUUCUUUGACCUGGUCAAGCUGUUUGAGGUGGGAGGUCCUCCAGCCACCACCAGGUACCUCUUUCUGGGCGACUACGUGGACAGGGGCUACUUCAGCAUAGAGUGUGUUCUAUAUCUGUGGUCCUUGAAAAUUACCUACCCCACCACACUCUCGCUGCUCAGAGGAAAUCAUGAGUGCAGGCACCUGACAGAGUACUUUACCUUUAAACAAGAAUGCAUCAUCAAAUAUUCGGAAAGUAUUUACGACGCCUGCAUGGAGGCGUUUGACUGCCUGCCCCUCGCCGCCCUGCUCAACCAGCAGUUCCUCUGCAUCCACGGCGGUCUGUCGCCCGAGAUUUUCACACUCGACGACAUCAAGACGCUGAAUCGUUUCAGGGAACCGCCAGCAUACGGACCCAUGUGCGAUCUCCUCUGGUCCGAUCCCUUGGAGGACUUUGGCAACGAGAAGACCAACGAGUUCUUCUCCCACAACUCUGUCCGUGGCUGUUCCUAUUUCUUCAGCUACUCGGCAUGCUGUGAGUUCCUGCAGAAAAACAACCUGUUAUCGAUAGUCCGAGCCCACGAGGCCCAGGAUGCAGGUUAUCGCAUGUACCGGAAGAACCAGGUUACUGGCUUUCCCUCCCUGAUCACCAUCUUCUCCGCCCCCAACUACUUGGAUGUUUACAACAACAAGGCAGCUGUGCUCAAGUACGAGAACAACGUGAUGAACAUCCGCCAGUUCAACUGCUCGCCGCAUCCCUAUUGGCUGCCCAACUUCAUGGAUGUCUUCACAUGGUCGCUGCCCUUUGUGGGCGAAAAGGUAACCGAGAUGCUAGUGAACAUCCUAAAUAUUUGCUCGGACGAUGAGCUUGUGGCAGGACCCGAUGAUGAACUAGAGGAAGAGCUCCGCAAAAAAAUAGUACUCGUGCCGGCGAACGUGAAUAAUAACAAUAACAAUAAUACGCCCAGUAAGCCAGCUUCCAUGUCGGCGCUGCGCAAAGAGAUUAUACGGAAUAAGAUUCGGGCCAUUGGCAAGAUGUCGCGCGUCUUCUCUAUUCUCAGGGAGGAGUCAGAAAGCGUGCUCCAGCUGAAGGGUCUCACGCCCACAGGCGCCUUGCCAGUGGGCGCUUUGUCCGGCGGAAAGGACUCUCUCAAAGAAGCUCUGCAAGGACUCACCGCAGCCUCGCACAUUCACUCCUUUGCGGAGGCCAAAGGACUGGAUGCGGUCAAUGAACGGAUGCCGCCGCGUCGUCCGCUGCUGAUGAGUGCCAGUAGCAGCAGCAUUACCACGGUGACCAGGACCACCAGCAGCAACAGCUCCAAUAACACCAACAGCAACAACAACAAUAAUAAUAACGACACAACGACAAAGAACAGCAACAACACUAGCAGUAGCAGUAAUGACACCACAACCGUAACCAAGACGAGCAGGACGACUGUGAAGUCGGCCACCACCAGUAAUGUCCGGGCAGGAUUCACCUCGAAGAAGUUCUCAUAGAGCUGCUCCAAACUAUUGAUUAUAAUUUUUGUUACGAUCUUCUGUUGCCCAUUUAGUUGUACUUUUUGUUAGUUAAAAUUUUAUACCAAAAACCUUCUCCUAUGCUAGUCAAAAACAAGUGCCUACAAUUUUAGGAUUAUUUCAUAGAAAUCCCUCAGAUGGCAAAACACCCAUAUUCACCCUCAAUAUUAGCGAAAAUUAAUACGUGACAUAAAAAAAGUUCAAUAAAAGUGGCGAA